UGCUCUUUCCUCUGUUCUUUCUCUCUUUCUGUAUUUUCUUCUUCCAUUUCUCUCUCCGUGUUUUCAGAUCCAUUGGAGAGAGAGAGAGAGAAGAGAGCUCGAAAACGCAGCUGCAAUGGCGGUCUCGAAGAACUGCGUUAACUUGAGUCUGACUUCUUUGUUGCUUCUCUUGUUCGUUGUCGGCAUUGUCGCUAGAGUCCAGAAAACUGAAAUGUCUGAGUCCAGAACUGUGGAGGAAGAGGAGUUGCAGAGAUCGUAUAACUCGACAAUGGCGGCCAGGUUGGCCGAGGUGGAGGAAGCUUUGAGCAAGCAUGCAGUGGAUGACCCAGAAGAGGUUGUCUCCAUGGUUGUAGAGACCAUCAGAAACAGCACUGAGAGGCGAAAACUGGGUUAUUUUUCAUGUGGGACUGGUAAUCCAAUUGAUGAUUGCUGGCGUUGUGAUCCCAAUUGGCAAAAGAACCGCAAGAGACUUGCUGAUUGUGGCAUUGGAUUUGGGCGCAAUGCCAUUGGUGGGCGUGAUGGUCGAUUCUACGUUGUCACUGAUGCUGGUGAUGAUGAUCCUGUGAACCCCAAGCCUGGCACUCUUCGCCACGCUGUUAUCCAGGAGGAGCCCUUGUGGAUUGUGUUCAAGCGUGACAUGGUUAUACAGUUGAAGCAAGAGCUGAUCAUGAACAGCUUCAAGACCAUUGAUGCCCGUGGAUCCAACGUCCACAUUGCUAAUGGGGCGUGCAUCACAAUCCAAUUCGUUACCAAUGUCAUCAUACAUGGACUGCACAUUCAUGACUGCAAACCCACUGGAAAUGCCAUGGUCAGGAGCUCACCGUCUCAUUAUGGUUGGAGGACUAUGGCUGAUGGUGACGCCGUCUCUAUCUUUGGCUCAAGCCAUAUCUGGAUUGAUCACAAUUCUCUAAGUCACUGUGCUGAUGGCCUUGUUGACGCUGUCAUGGGCUCAACCGCCAUCACUAUCUCUAACAAUCACCUCGCCCACCACAACGAGGUGAUGCUAUUGGGUCACAGUGACUCCUAUACAAGAGAUAAGCAAAUGCAAGUGACCAUCGCUUAUAACCACUUUGGGGAAGGUCUCAUUCAGAGAAUGCCAAGGUGCAGGCAUGGAUACUUCCAUGUGGUGAACAAUGACUACACUCACUGGGAGAUGUAUGCCAUCGGUGGAAGUGCUAGCCCCACCAUAAACAGCCAAGGCAACAGAUAUCUGGCUCCAGCCAACAGUUUUGCCAAGGAGGUGACAAAAAGGGUUGAAACAUCAGAGAGCGAAUGGAAGGGUUGGAAUUGGAGAUCGGAGGGCGACUUGAUGCUGAAUGGAGCCUAUUUCACUCCAUCUGGAGCCGGGGCUUCAGCCAGCUAUGCAAGAGCUUCAAGCUUAGGUGCCAAGUCCUCUUCUAUGGUAGGCACCAUGACUGCAAAUGCUGGCCCUCUAGGUUGCCGCCGUGGCCGCACCUGUUAGCACCUAUACAAAUAUCAAAACAGUCUUGGUCUUUUUUUUUUAGAUAUCUAUUUUUAUCAUGACUACCUCACACCCAUACCACCCAAUUGCCUGCCCAUAUUACACCACCCACCCACCCACCCCUUACCCUUUGUUUGGAGUCAGUCACCCAUUGGCAAGUGUACAUUUUUUGCACUGUCAAUUUAUGUCAUUCCCCAUUGGGUAUAAAAAAGUUGUGCAACCUCGGCCUGGUUCUCUACCGAAGAAGCAUACAUAUACAUAUAUAUAUAUAUGCAUGCUAGUAGUGUAGAUGCAGGCGCGGAAGCGUUGUCAUCCCCUGUUAUUUUGUGUCUCAGUCAGUGUUUGGUUCUACACUGCAUAUUGUGCUUGGGUUCUGAUUUUAUUUUUAUAGGAACUAUAGAUUGAUUUUAGUUUUGUUCUGAGCUGUGUUGUUCAGUACUUUGAGUCCUAGGAUAUUAUAUAUAGUGUGAAUGUCAACAAUGUUAUUGGGAAACAAAAAAAAUAGCAACUUUAAUUUUCUUUUUUCAAUUG